AUGUCUGAAGAGAUGUAUCUGCAGUAUCGUGGGCUUAUGGUUCCUAAAGAGACUCACUCCUUAGAGAGCUUGAAGUUUGCGGAGGAAUUCACCUUUAAAGACGAGGAUGUGACGGCUGUGGUUUACCCGAAGUCAGGUACAAUCUGGAUGCAGGAGAUCCUCCCACUGUUGCUGAAUGAGGGGGAUCUGACGCCGAUCCAAACCAUUCCUAACUGGGACAGGGUCCCCUGGCUGGAGGAGAAAAGAUUAGCACUGGUUGUGGAUCAGUUGACGUCUCCACGGGCGAUGGUCACACAUUUUCCUUACCAAUUUAUGCCCCCGUCCUUCCACUCUUCCAAAGCCAAGGCGAUCUAUGUCAUGAGGAACCCGAAGGACAUAGUGGUGUCUUCGUACUACUUCCAUCAGAUGGCCGAAUUCCUCGAGGAUCCAGGAACCUUCGAUGAAUUCUUGGAGAAAUUCCUUGAGGGCAAAGUGCUGUUUGGAAAAUGGACAGACCACGUGAAGAGCUGGAGAAGCGCAGAGCUGGGAGACAGAGUAUUGUACAUCACAUAUGAAGACAUGAUUCAGGACCUCCCUGCAGCUCUCAGGCGUAUGUCAGAGUUCCUGGGCCGUAAUCUGAUUGAAGAAGCCAUUCAGAAGAUAGCAGAGCAUUGCUCCUUCAAGACCAUGAAGACCAACUGCAUGUCCAACUUCAGCCUGGUCCCUAAGGUGUACAUGAACACCGACAUAUCUCCAUUCCUCAGGAAAGGUGUUGCGGGAGACUGGAAAAACCAUUUCAGCUCAGAGCAACUGGCCAGAUUUGCGUCGGUCAUUCGCAAAGAGCUGGAGGGUGAGAGCUUCUCUCUGCCAUGGAGCCUGGAUUGACCGUCAACCGGAGAAAACACAGAGAGGGAAAGAGCUGUAGAAAUAAAAUCAAGGCAAGUAGGUAAAAUUGGUGCUCAGUUGAUUUUUACAUUAGGCAUAUGACUCAAAGCAUUUUAUUGAUUGUUAAAAACAUGAUUGAAACUAGAAAAGUGCACUCAGUAGAUUGCAGAUCUCCGCCAGGUGUGUCUAUUUAAACAGCCGCUGCUGUAAUGUUUGAUUGAAAGAAUACAAACCACAACUGUCUCAUUCUACUGAUUCUAAGUUAACGAAAAACACAACGAUUCUUGAAAAUUGUUUUCCAUUUCUGCCAAUAAAUCUCCCCAAAUCCUACAUCCUGGUCCCUUAAGAAGAGUGAGGUCAUCAGUCAAUGACGGUAUAAAACAGAGCAGUCAAUAAAUUAGGUGACUCAGCGCAACCACGAGAGGACCUUGAGCAUACAGUCAUAAAUGUGCACAAAAAAUGUAUGGCUAGUAUGCCAGAUUAACUGUGGACAGACAGAUACACACACUUGAUCAAACGCAUAAUCCCCUCACACCUGACGGAGAUAACGACGACGCAAAUUUUCCACCCUCUUGCUAGCGUACAUAAUAUCACUACAUAAAGUUACUAUUAUGUUUUUGUGCUAAUUACUGCAUAAUUGCUUUUGUGUGCACUUAAAAGAUGUUGUCCCUACUAAUUAGUGUGUAACUACUGAUAAAUAAUUACUGUGGAACAAAAAUAUAACUACAAGUUAUUACAAGUUGUACAGGGAAGUAUUUCAUAAUGACCUAGUAAAUGCUUAAUUACUGUAUUGUAUCUUAUUAUCUAGGAGUCAAAACGACCCCCGAUGUCGUGUAAAACAAUCUGCUGUGAUCAGAUUACAGUAUGGAUUGGAUUAUUUUAAUUUAUGAUUCAUUUUCCCAACAGUCUCAAUCUGCCAAACACCAGAAAAUGAAAGGGACAGAAAUAUAGUUUACUGAUGUAAUAUCGGGUUCUACUGAUUUAUUCACUUUUAUUGAACUAUCAUUUUAUUGAAAAUUCAGUUAUAUUGUUAGUGGGUUUUAAUCACAUGUUUAUCAUUCAUUGAUGUGACUACUUAAACUCUUAAUUUGUAUUAUGGUGUUUUGAUUCACUAAUAUUGAAUUAUUACUGGGUUGAUAUGCAUUCCUUUAAUAUCUCAAUUGUAUUACUUGUUGCCUGUCUACUUUGGCCUUAAAGAAUAUAAAAAAGAAAAGUUAAAUCUA